CGAUCAUUGUAACGUGAUAUGUCAAAUUAAUAAACAAACUGUCCUGAAUCUGUCAGACUUUUUUGUUAAACAUAAUUAGUAAUUACAUGUAUACUCUGUACUCUGCAUAAUUAUUAUUGAAAAAAGUGUAUUAAAACAUUUAUAACUCGUAACCAAGUAAUAAACUGAAAUAUACUUUUAAGGUUCAUCAAAGGUAUCAUCUCUAUAUCUGAGAAUAAUGGCAGAUAAUCAAGAUGCAUCAAUGGCCAACAACGAACUUGAUAUGAUACACAAAAUGGAAACAACUGAGGAUGGGAGAGAGAACAACUCAUCGCCUCCUCCACCAGUGACCCCCCCUCCAGGCGAGGAAAGCACCCAGGAGCUGAUCGUGGUCAACGAAAACACUGAGAUCCUCGACCUUAACCACGGCAGAAUUGGAAAAAUUGAAAACUUAGAGCCAUUGAGAAAUUUAGAAAGGUUAUAUCUGAGAUGGAAUUUUAUAAAGAAGAUUGAGGGUCUCGACACACUUUCUAAGUUGGUAGAGCUGGAACUCUACGACAAUCAAAUUGUUGUCAUUGAGAAUUUGGAUAGUUUGGUCAAUUUGGAGAUCCUUGAUCUGUCAUUCAACAGAAUUAAAGAAAUCACUGGUUUAGAAAAUCUUCUUAACUUACGAAAACUUUAUUUAAGCUCAAAUAAAAUUACCGAAAUUAAAAAUGUUAAUCAUUUUCCAAAACUGGAGACACUUGAGCUGGGAGAUAAUCGUAUAAGAGAAAUAAAAAACCUUGAUGGAUUAAAAACAUUAAAAGAACUUUAUCUAGGUAAAAAUAAAAUAACUAAAAUUCAAAACCUGGAUGACCUUUCAAAUCUAGAAAUACUUGUGCUUCAAAGUAAUCGCAUCACAAAAUUAGAGAAUCUCGAACAUUUAACUAACUUGGAACAUUUGUACGUCUCUGAGAAUGGUCUGACUACUAUAGAAAAUCUAGAAAAUCAAGUCAAACUACAGACAUUAGAUUUGGCUGUUAAUAGAAUUACAGCCAUUGAAAAUGUAAGCCAUAUGAGUGAUUUGGAAGAAUUAUGGCUAAAUGAUAACCAAGUAUCAGAAUGGUCAUCAGUCGAUUAUCUGCAACAGAAUAAGAAGUUGGCAACUAUAUAUUUAGAAAGGAAUCCGAUCGCCUCGGAUCCCGCUUACCGACGAAAAUUGAAACUCACUCUACCCUCACUGCAGCAAAUUGAUGCAACCUUGUGUAGAUAAAAAAUUUAUUUAAACACGUAGUUUGGUUAACUCUACAUUGUAAAUUGUUGUAUGUGUAUGUGUUAUUUGUCAAAAUUAUUAGUGUGUCAUGUUUUGACCGAUAUUUGUGUAAUUUUUGGUCAUUAUAUUUUGUAGUUUACUUUGAUGUAUUAGUAUCAUCUAUCAUAUAAAAUAGUUGAUGUAAGAUUCAUUAGUUUUAUAUGUUACUGUAAAAUUUUUAACAUUGUGAGUUUGACAAUUUAUGCAUUUAAACUACAAUUAUUUGUAAACAGUCUGAGACACAUUGAAGGAGUGAAUAAGGGUGUUGAAGUAACAACCAGCACACAAAUAUGUAUUCAAAUUUAACUAUAACAACAUAACUUUCAUUAGUAGGUUGUUUGCUAGAUUUAUUACAAGCCAUCAAUGUUCACAAUAAUGCAGUGACAUUAUGCAUUAGAUGAUUAGAGUCAUAACUAUUUUAAGUGUAUGUAUGUUUGUAAAACUCGUUUAUUAUUAUUUUAUAGUUACACUCAGAGACGUCAUUUGCACAUUUCAAACUCAUCAUUCAUCAUAUAACUAUAUGUACAAUGUACAAAAUCACAAAUGCCUUGCCUUAAAAUGUAUCUUUACCCGACGGAACAAAUUAUUUCUCAUCAAAGUCCGUCCAUACUUCUCCAUAAGUACAUAAACAUUUUGAAAAAUUACAAUUGUAUAGUACAUGCCUUUACAUCAUUUAAAGUUACCCAGAGUUCCUAUACAAGCGUUUUUAAGGAAAAAGUUUGAUAACACUAAUACUUUUUAAAAUAAAAAAAUAUGUAUUAAAAAGAAUAAAGUAGUUCUGUUUUUUUCCAAAAAAUUACUACUUUUAAAUAUAGUAAUAAUCAUAAAAUUAACUAUACAUUCAUAUACAUUAAGAAAACGUUUAAUUAAUUGCAUUUUCGUGUUAUUAUUUUCACAAAUUAAUUGUACAUUAAAUGUAAUUUAAUGAUAUUGACCAUAUAUUUGUAAUACUACUUUUACGAACAAUUAUAUAGGUACAUAUUAGAUUUUUCAACAAAUACUGCAGACUUGCAUUUUCAGGCAGUCUCGGAGUCCAGCGGCAACAUUGUCCACAAGAUGGAUGUUCGAGAUCAGCCCCUCAGUGUCUUUAGUAAAGUUAACUUCCAAGUGUAAAUAUAUUGUUGUAUGUUAUAUAUUUGUAAUAAAAAAAAGUAUAAAAAC